AUAUAAACAGAGAGGAUGCUAAAUCAGCUGUUAACAAUGAAUAUCAGACCUUUGUUGCUAAAGGUUUACUGUGGUUUGUUUCCUCUGUUUCCUCUUUUUUUUUGCAGAAACCUAACACUAUCCUAGAACCUGAAUACCAGCCCUUGGCCGUAAAGAACAUUUCCACGCUGCCUGUGAAUGUGUUGCUCUCAACAGGUGGACCCUUCUUUAUCUGCGAGACUGAUAAAUCCCCACUGCCCUCAACUCCUGAGCCUGUUAAACUGGAGGUCGGUGAAGUAAAAGACCUGUUGGUCAGAUUUGACCCUUCCUACAAAAAUGAUCUGAACAACUGGGUGGCCGAAGAAGUUUUAGCCAUCAAGUAUGUGGAGCACCCUCAAGUGGACACCGUGCACCUGCGUGGAGAAGUGAAUUACCCCAACCUCACCUUUGAGACCAUGGAGCUGGAUUUUGGCUGUAUCCUGAAUGACACCGAGGUGAUCCGCUACAUCAUGAUCACCAACUGCAGCCCCCUGGUUGUGAAGUUUCGCUGGUUCUUCCUGGUGGACGAUGAGGAAAAUCAGAUAAGGUUUGCGACAAAGAAGCCCGACAGUGCCCCCUUGUCCCAAGAGGAGUCCACCCCAGUGACCUUGGCAUCUGUCAGCUCGGCUGCAGUCCCAGCAAUAGAGUCCCCUGAGAUUGACCUAAGUGAUUUUGUUAAGACUAUUAUUGUGGAUGAAGAAGUUGGAUCUGAAGAAAGAGAAAACAAAAAAGCACAAGUGCCUGCCCUGGCCACCUCAGACGGAUUGAAAAUGAACUCUGCUGAAACAGAAAGAAUAGACGUGAACCAGAGCCACAGGGAGUUUCAGGAAUCCCCAUGGAGCUUUGAACAGGAUGAAAUGUUGUCCAUUGGAGUAGAAGAAGUGUUUGAUAUUUUGCCCCUCUAUGGAAUGCUGCGGCCACACAGUAGCCACCAGAUAUCAUUCACCUUCUAUGGACACUGUGACAUCAUUGCACAGGCUAAGGCUCUGUGCGAAGUGGAAGGAGGACCCACCUAUGAGAUCAUACUAAGGGGAGAGGCCUCCCUGGUCAACUAUUCCUUUGACACCAAGGACAUUAACUAUGGAUUACAGCUGUUCGACCAUGUCACAGAGAAUGAAAUCACACUCAAGAACACUGGGAAAGUUGGCUUUGAGUUCAGGGUUCUGACUGACCCCCAGUCUUCCCCAGACAGCCUUCUACCAGGAGUGCCACUCAUCCAGCCUCUCUCAGGUUUUAUCAGUUCCCAUAAAGAGCAAGUAUUGAAGGUUUAUUACUUACCUGGAGUGCCUGAGAUCUUUCAAAGAAGUUUCCAGAUACAGAUUGCCCACCUGGACCCAGAAAAUAUUACUCUGAGUGGAGAGGGAAUCUUUCCCCGAAUCUCCCUCGAUCUCCCCAGGAACCUCAAAGGAAGUGAAAAGUAUGAGAUCUUCUUAAACCAGGCCAGAAAAAACCUAGAGAAAGAGUGCAAUAAAUGUGAAACGCUUGAUCACUUAGAGACACCAGAGGAGAAUGUGCCUGAUGAUGAAUCUUCUGAGUUAAAUGCUCACCUCCAGAUGGAAGUAGAGCGACUUAUAGUCCAAGACUAUGCCAUGGAACAUCAGAAAUCAAUUGUCCCUGGUUCCACGGAUGACUUCUACCAUCGGAGUCGCCGUAAACCAAUCAAAGUCCAGCUACCAGAAUACAUCCUGGACUUUGGCUACAUCAUCCUUGGUGACGUCCAAACCCACAUCAUCAAGAUCACCAACACCAGUCACUUUCCAGUGUCCUUCCAUGCAGAGAAGCGUGUCCUUCAUGACACAGGCUUCAGUAUUGAGCUAGAUCGUGUGAAAAAUCUGCCUUACUGUGAAACGGAAACAUUUGAAGUGCGAUUCGACACACGAGGGGGCAAUGUUUCUGUUGGCAACAAAGAGGUCAUUCUGCCCAUCAAGGUGGUUGGAGGGCCACCAGUUCAUAUCUGUCUCCAAGCCAAGGUGACCAUUCCCAGUAUGACACUGUCUUGUGGAAAAGUGGAGUUUGCCACAAUUCAGUGUGGACAGUGCCUUGUGGAAACUAUUCAGCUUUCCAAUCAUCUCCAAGUCCCUUGUGAAUGGUUUGUCCAGAGCCAUAAGCAAGUUGUUAGUAAGCUGGAGAAACACAUGCCAAAAUACUUAAGACGCAAACUAUGCGCUGAAUUAAAGCCAAAGACACGGAUCUUUGAGAUUCAGCCCACUUGUGGGGUCCUGGAUCCUGGUGAGAGGUCCAACGUGCAAGUGAAAUUCAUGCCCAAAGAGGAGAAAUUCUACAGCCAAACCUUGGUGUUCCAGAUUGCCCAGAGCGCUCAAAAGCUUACUCUGCUGGUGGAAGGGCAAGGUCUAGAACCACGCUUGGAAUUUAGUCCCUCGGUUCUAGAGCUGGGGCCCCUGCUGCCCUACGCAGCUGGAGGUGAGGCCGAGGUGGUGGUGAAGAAUCCCUGCAGCUUUCCCAUUGAGUUUUACUCCUUAGAAUUUGACCAGCAAUAUCUUGUAGAAGAGAAGAUCUUGCGAACACUGAAGGGCUAUGAUUCCUACAACUCUCUGCUGCUGCCUCCUCGCCUUCCGGGGGAGAAGCUGCCCCCAGAGGUGUUUGAGUACUUCAGGGAGAUAAAGCGGGCCAAAGAGGAGCAGAUGAAGGUGAAAUAUCUGGAGAGUCUGGCGCAGGAGAACGAAGAGGACGACGGUCCAUUGUCAGAGCAGGGCACUUCAGCAAGCACAAAGAGGACCUCGCUUAGCCGAGGGAUCUCUGUCACAUCCAACCUGGAAGAGCGGCACGUCCCAGUGGUUGAAUCCAAGACCUACCCGGAGGAAGAGGAGGAUGAGGAAAGCCUGGAAAAAAUCAUGUUUCAAACUGACAAGAUUCAGAGUAUUGACAGCCACUCUGCGGAAGAGGUUGGAGAAGUAGAGAACAACCCAGUGAGCAAGGCCAUUGCUCGCUACCUGGGCAUUGACAUUUCUGCAGAAGGCCGCAUGGCCAAGAACCGGAAAGGCAUCGCCAUCAUCAUCCAUGGGACGCCCUUGUCAGGAAAGUCAGCCACCGCAGUCAGCAUGGCCAGGUACUACAGCGCUGCCUGCCUGAACCUUGACUCUGUCAUGCUGGAAGCCAUCUCUGACAGCAACAAUAUCGCGGGCAUCCGAGCCCGGGAGCUCUGCAUUCGGGCUGCCAUAGAACAGUCCAUGAAGGAGGAGGAGUCUGCCCAGGAGGCUGCUGCUAUGAAUCAAAAUGCCAUGGGACAAUUGCGCCUGAGCAGUGAGACCCUGGGCAAGUUAACUUCGGAAUGCACUCUGGUAACUCCCGAAGUUAAACCUACCAAGCCUGUGCGUGGAAGUGUGCUGAUCACCAAGGGCAAGGCAGACAGCCACGGCUCUGGGUCUCAGAAGCAGCAUCACCAGCACUCAUCCGAAACGCCCCAGGUUUCCUCCAGCCCUCUCCCCUCGGGGCCCACACAGCGUCGACUCAGCGUCAGCGCCAGCGUUGGAGGCGACACCGGGCUCCUGAGCUGCGUGCUCCCCGAGGAGCUAUUCACUCAGAUCGUGGCCGACCGAAUUCAGCUGAGUGACUGCUACCGAGGAGUGGUGUUUGACAGCCUGGAGACACUCUUUGCUCGGAAUGCACCUACCGCUCUCCUCUGCCUGCUGAAGGCCAUCGGCAAUCGGGAGCACAUCUAUGUCAUCAACAUGGCCCAGGAUUAUGCAGCCAUGAAGGCCCAGGAGAAAGCCAAAAAUGAGCAAGAAGAGCACAAGCGCAGGGAAGCACAGAAAAGAGAGAAGGAGCGUCUCCAAAACAUGGAUGAGGAAGAGUAUGAUGCCUUGACAGAGGAGGAGAAGAUAACGUUCAAUCGAGAGGUUCAGCAAGCCCUGCGGGAGAGGAAGAGGAGGGAGCUGGAGAGACUGGCAAAGGAGAUGCAGGAAAGGAAGCUACAGCAGGAACUUGAGCGGCAGAAGGAAGAAGAUGAGCUAAAACGGAAGAAUAAAAAGCCCAAGCAGGGACCCGUAAAGGAGGAGCCGUCCGUGAAGAAAACUCAGAUACCAAGCCGGCAGAUUCUUAAUUUUUCCAAACUAGAGGUGAAGAUUGACGCAGUAGAAAGAAAAGUGUCCAUCAGAGAGCAGGUAGCUGUGGAGAGGGAAGAAUGAAAUAAGAGGAAGAGGAACCUCCGGUCAGAUAUCAACACACUUUGGUUUCCUCUUGUCCAGGAGCAAGAGGAGAGCGAGGGGGACCUCCCAAAGGACACGGACAAGAACCUGGCCCAGAGGUUCAAGGCCUUCGAGCUCACCUUGAAGGACAUCCAGAGCGUCCUCGCGUACUGGGACCGGAAGCAGGGGGUUCUGCUGCAGCACGUGGGCGCUGAGGACGCGAGCCACGAGGAAGGCGCCGACCAGCGCCAGGUUCCCUCCGCGGGACGCCGAGGCCGCAAGGAGCGCGAGCGGGAGCGAGCGGAGAAGGAGCGCGCCGAGAGGGAGCGCCUGGAGCGGGAGAGGGCGGAGAGGGAGCGGCUGGAGAAGCUCCGCGCCCAGGAGGAGCACAGCGACGGGGGCGAGGGCGAGGAGGAGGACCGAGAGGGCAAGAAGGAUCUGGGUGUGCCGUUCGUAAGCAUCCAGACGCCUGACCCCGAAGGCUCGAGCUGGAAGCAGGCCCUGGAAAACGAGAGGCUUCCUAAAGGGGAGCAGAUCCUAGACAUCUUGGGCCUGGGUUCUUCUGGACCACCUAUCCCACCACCUGCUUUGUUCUCAAUCAUCUCCUACCCUGUGAAGCGACAGCCUUUGACCAUGACAGAAAUCCUGAAGCAUUUCGUGUUUGUAACUCCACCCUCUGAAGAGCUCUCCCUGAUGGAGGAGAAAAGAGAAGUGGAAGCAGAAACAGAGCUUUCAGCCACUCCGGGCUCCUCAAAGACCCAGGAGGAGCAAACCACCUCAUCUAAAGGGAGCAAACAGAAAACGAAAGAAAAAGAGAAAGAAAAAACAGAUCAGCUGCGUGAGACUCAGAAGGAGAAACGUCGAAUGGCCUUCAAUAGGAAGGGCCUUUCUGCAGGAACUUCCAGAACUGUUGCUCCACUAUUGGACAUAGAGCAAAACAACUUAUCUGGGCAGCAUUCCCAGGAGAAAUUCACCAGGCUCAAUCAUUUCCGGUGGAUUGUGCCUGCCAACGGUGAGGUGACAUUGCGCGUGCACUUCUCUUCGAACAGUCUUGGGAUCUUUGACCAAACAUUUAACUUUGAGAUCCUUGGAACUCACCGCCAGUACCAGCUUUACUGCCGAGGUGUCUGCACUUACCCAUACAUUUGCCAGGACCCAAAGGUGGUAUUCCCUCAGCAGAAGAUGGACAUGAAGGCAAAUGAGAUCAUCUUUAAGAAGUAUAUUGUGAGCUUGGAGAGGUUUCACUUCGGACCACUGCUUUGUGGGAAAUCAAGAGACAAGUACAAGUCCUCUUUGUUCCCAGGCAACGUGGAGACACUGACAAUCCUGAAUAGCUCCCCAAUGGUCGUGGAGGCGUUCUUCUGUUUUCAGAAUGACAUCAAAGCAAACACCUACUUCCUGGAGCCCAUCAACAUGAUUCUGAAACCCAAUGAGAAGCAGCUGCUGAAUGUAUGGGCCUACCCUACUGCAGUCGGUGUCUUUGAAGACAGCAUCGUCUGCUGCAUCAAGGAGAACCCCGAGCCCGCAGUCUUCCAGUUAAGCUGCCAGGGUGUCCGCCCAGAACUGGAGCUGGAUCCCAGGCAAUUGCAUUUUGACCGGCUCUUGCUGCACAGAAAAGACUCCAAGGCAGUUCUCCUCCGCAACAUCACACUCCUGCCCCUGGCCUGGAGGAUCACCAGCCUGGAGCACCUGGGCGAAGACUUCACCGUGUCCACCAUGCAGGGGACCAUAGCCCCCAAGUCUGAGUAUAGCCUUCAGGUGCACUUCCUGCCCUCCAAACCUGUCAAUGUCAAGAAGGCAAUCCGGUUGGAGGUUUUAGAUGCAGACAACCUCAUUGGUGUCGUUCAGAUUGAAAACAUCCUGAUCUUUGCCGAGUCCUAUGACGUUGCCUUAGACAUCACCUUCCCCAAAGGAGCUGAAGGAGGCCUUGAUCUGGGGAUUGUGAAGGUCAUGGACGAGGUGAAGCAGCCCCUGCAGCUGAAGAACCGUGGGAAAUAUGAGAUCAUGUUCAGCUUUUCUGUGGAAUCCGUAGGGAUUUCAGCAACCAAUAUAAGUUCCAUGAUCACAGUGCAACCCAAGAAGGGCUCACUGACCAUGACAGAAAAGCCCACAAAUGUCCAGGUGAUCUUCCACGCAAAGAAGGAAGUGAAAAUCGAGAACCAGCCAGUUCUGCGCUGUCAGAUUAUUGAGCCUAAUAUCUCAGAAGGAGGUGAAAUGAUUGCCAGCAUCCCGAUUAAGUUUUCUGUGACUGCGGUGUUCUCCAAAUACAAUAUCAGCCCCUCCUCCAUCAUCAACUUCGGGGCUUUGAUCUAUGGCACUCGUAAAAGCACCUUCUUCACCAUAGAAAAUCUAGGUGUGAUCGACUUCAAAUAUGCUCUGUAUAGAACGACAGCAGAGAGCCCCCUUCAUCAGAAGAAAGUAGCCACCCAUGUUAGACAUGCAAGAUCCCGAGAAAGCGAGAACUUCUACAAGACUGGACCUUCCAAAACAAGCAAGUUCUCUGACUCUGUUCAGAAAGACGUGAACGUCACAAGCCAGGCUCGUUUCACCCACGGCAUGUUCACCGUGUACCCUGGGUUUGGUACCAUCCCUUCUGGAGGGACGCAGGUCAUCACUGUUGACUGCGUGGCUGACCCCGUGGGAAGAUGUGAAGAGUUCAUAGCAAUUGAUAUCUCUGACCGAGAUCCAAGAGACCAGCCGGCUGGCAUCCCAUACAGCCUGUUGGCUGAAGCCUGUCAGCCAGCCUUUGUGACUGACAACAACAGCUUGAUAUUUGAGGAGCACCAGCUCUGUAGCAGCGCCAACCUGAACAGCAUCCUGCAGACCAUAGAGAGCGGGGGCUUGUAUGUGGAGGAUGAGAACAAGUUCAUCUUCUGCAAUGUCCUGGUGGGCCAUCAGGCCAAGGCUCGGUUCAAGAUUUGCAAUGUGGGAAAGAUCGCCUGUGACGUGAACAUCGUGGUUAAGCCCAUCUCCAACAAGGUCUAUGCCCGCAUCACGGACAUCUUUGAAGUGGAACCCAACAAGAUGAGUGUUGCGAGCCGCUCACACGCCUUUGCCACAGUGUUCUUCACCCCACAGACCAUGCAGACCUACCAGUGCAUCUUUGAGGCCACCUUGGACGGCUUGCCCAGCAACCUGACCAAGAACCGAAGCCUUGUGUUUGAUAUCGUUGGAGAGGGGAACCUCCCUCGGGUGACCAUUGUGCGGCCAGUUCUCUACAACCAGUAUAGAAACCCCUUACUUCUCUUUAAGAGGCUUCUGCUUGGUCAUUCGGAGACACUGCCUCUUAUCCUCAAGAACAGCGGUGCCAUCCCCGCCAAGGUACUGCUGGAGGCAAAGAAAGCUCACACGGCUUCCCUGGUUGUUCCUCCUGGAGAAAUAGCUGGAUUUGAUGUUGUUUUCCACCCCAAGAAAGUCGGGAGAAUGGCAGGCAUCCUUCACUUGUCAGUGAUCAACAACCAGUACGAGGAUACAGUCAUCCACAUGGUGGGAGAGGGCUAUGAGGAUGACAUCACCUUGGACAACAUCCAUGGGCUGGUGGCUACCUCCAGCCCUGAGUCCUCAGAUGUCUCUGAGGUCAUUGAGGAAAGCACCAUGGAAGACUUGGUGUCAGCUGCUCUAGUGAAUCACAUCCAGUUUGGGGACUGCCACAUUGGAACCAGCUAUAAUGUGAGCUUCACCAUCACUAAUCACAGCCAAGCAAAUGUGAUACGGUUUGAAUGGCCGCUUUUGGCUACUGUUUCUUUCUCCCCACAGAUGGGCCACCUCCACCCUGGCUGUGCCAAGGACAUAGUGGUGACCAUGAAGUCAGACGUGCCCAUCAACCUGAAGAAGAUGGGGGUCAAGUGCAAGAUCUCCAAGAUCAUGUUUGCGCUCCCUGCAGACCAAGUGCCUGACUGGGAUGACCGCAUGCGGACUGUCAAGUGGAUGGACGUGCCCAAAAACACUCCCGGGACUUUCACUACAAAACGAAAAGUGAUAGAGACUGAUCCCGAGCCGGCUUACUCAGUCCUAGAAGAAAACUAUCGAGAACUGCAGCUGCAAAUCAGUGCCCACGUGAAUUUCGCCUCAUACAAGUGCCAGACUACUGAUGUGCACUUUAAGGAAACACUGGUUUACCAGACUCGAGUGUUUGAGUUUGAACUGAUUAAUUCAGGAAAUGUGCAACUGGAAUUCAACUGGAUCUCAGAAGAGACAGCAAAAGCUGUCAGCUUUGCCAUGCCAGACAACCAAGGUUUCUCCCAAAGAGACCAGCUUAGCCAGGGCACGCCACACACGGCCAGCACAGUGGACAGUGCCGUGGACCACUGGAACGAAACUUCCCUGCCGCCCUUCUGUGUGGAGCCCAUCUCGGGCACCGUGCUAGUGGGGAAGACUCAGAAGCUCAAAGUGAAAUUCUCCCCAUUGGAAGUUGGAGACUUCGAGAGCAAUCUUUUCUGCCAGAUUCCUAACCUGCCACCGGGAGAGCAUGGCCCAGUCCUGUCAGCCAAAGGGCGGAGCUCCCUGCCCAUCUGCCAUUUUGACCUGAAAGACUCAGACUACAUCGUCGGUCAUCGGCGCAACCCAGACCUCCGAGGGCCUAGUGGUGGGGCUCUGGAUCCAAACACCCGGGUGAUUGAGUUCACCAGCGUGGGCAUAGGAGGGAAGAAUCUCCGGACCUUUACAAUCCUAAACCCGACCUGUAGUGCCUACUCCUUCUCCUGGCUCUCUGAAGAAAUUGAAAGUCUCCAGAAUCCUCCAGCCUUCACGUGCCUUACAGAAAAGGGCCUCCUCCUCCCUGGAAAGAAAGCUGAGGUUAUCUUCCAGUUCACACCUUCCCAUCUGGACAUCUCGGAGGCAUUCUGGACUUUCUUAAUCCCUGAACACAAUAUCAUAGUCCCUUUCCUGCUGGUAGGCAAAGCCACUGACCCUCUCAUCAAUUUUGACAAGUCACAUAUCAACUUCAGUUGUCUCCUCAUUGGCAGAGAAGCCAGGGAGACUGUGAAGCUCAUCAACAAGGAGGAGCAGGGGCUCCAUUUUGCCUUCCAGGACGCCUCCCGGUAUUCUGAAGGCUUCAGCAACAGCCUGGCUGUGUGUCCCAUGGAAGGCUGGGUCCCCCCACUGUCCAGGUUCCCAAUUGAUAUUUUCUUCACACCAAAGAAAGAAGGAGAUGUGAACUUUAAUUUGAUCUGCAGUGUGAAAAAGAAAGCCCACCCUCUGACCUUAAAUGUCAAGGCUGAGGGCUACUCCGUGAACGUGGAGGUCAAAUGCAAGGACAGGAACGGCUCCAUCACUCUCCUGACUCCCACCCAGACCACCACUGUCAACUUCUGUGAGGUGGAAUUGAAUGAGUGUGUCCAGUGUGAAUUCAGCUUUAUCAACACUGGAAAGUUCAACUUCAGCUUCCAGGCAGAGCUGUCCGGCCCCAGAUCCCUGCUACAGUACUUGGAGUUUUCACCCAAUGAUGGCAGUGUGGAUGUGGGGCAGAGUGCACAUGCCUCCCUGUCUUUCCAGCCAUUAAAGAAAUGUGUCUUGAAGGGUCUGGAACUCAAAAUCAAGAUCAGCCAUGGUCCAACAUUUACGUGCACCAUCUCAGGCUUUGCUGUGAGCCCAGCUGUCCAUUUCUCCUUCACCAGCUACAACUUUGGCACCUGCUUCAUCUACCAAGCUGGCAUGCCCCCAUACAAGCAAACCCUGAUUGUCACCAACAAGGCAGAGACAGCUAUGAGCUUGGAUUGUUUGUACACCAACACCAGCCACCUCGAGGUGAACUUCCGAGUCGAUGUGAUAAAGCCAGGAAAGACACUGGAGAUCCCCAUCACCUUUUAUCCUCGAGAAACUAUCAGUUAUAGAGAACUCAUCCCCUUUGAAAUCAAUGGGCUCUCCCAGCAAGUAGUUGAAAUCAAAGGGAAAGGAACAGAAAUGAAGAUUUUAGUCCUAGAUCCAGCCAAUAAGAUUUUGAAGUUAGGAGCCAUCCUACCUGGACAGGUGGUGAAAAAAAUGGUUUCCAUCAUGAACAACAGCCAAGCCCAGCUCACAUUUAACCUGUCAGUCAUGUUCUCAGCGGAACUCCAGGAAACCAAGGUCAUCACCUUGUCACCAUUCCGCAACAUCACUAUGAAGCCCAAAGAGGUCCGGAAGCUGGAAGUCACCUUCACCCCGCUAAAGCGUGUCCCUCCCUUCUCCGAGGAGGUGUUCAUGGAGUGCAUGGGGCUCCUGCGGCCCCUUUUCCUCAUCAGCGGCUGCUGCCAGGCCCUGGAGAUCUCCCUGGACCAGGAGCAUCUUCCCUUUGGACCAGUCGUGUGUCAGACACAAGCCACGCGUCGCAUCCUCAUGUUGAACACGGGUGACGUGGGUGCAAGGUUCAAAUGGGAUGCUAGGAAACUUGAGCCUCCCUUUUCCAUCAGCCCAGAGGAGGGCUAUAUCACCGCAGGCAUGGAGGUUUCUUUCGAAGUGACUUACCAUCCUACCGAGGUGGGCAAGGAGAUUCUCCACAAAAAGUUGCUCUGCUUCAUCCAGGGAGGCAGUCCUCUGAGCCUAACCCUGUCCGGAGUGUGCGUGGGACCACCUUCAGUAAAAGAGGGCACCCUCUUCUUCCCCCUCCCAGAUGGGACUGGCUGGCUGUACCAGCUGCACGGGACUUCUGAGCUCCCCAAGGCUGUGGCCAAUAUCUACCGUGAAGUGCCAUGUAAAACACCCUACACUGAGCUCCUGCCAAUCACCAACUGGCUGAACAAGCCCCAGAGAUUCCGGGUCAUUGUGGAAAUAUUGAAACCAGAGAAGCCUGACCUGAGUGUCACCUUAAAGGGCCUUGAUUACAUUGAUGUGCUGUCCUCCUCCAAGAAAGAUUACAAGCUGAACUUCUUCUCCUACAAGGAGGGACUAUACACAGCAAAGGUGAUCUUCCGAAACGAGGUGACCAACGAGUUCUUAUACUACACGUUGAGUUUCAGGGUCAUCCCUUCAGGCGUCAUCAAAACCAUCGAGAUGGUGAGCCCCGUCCGGCAGAGCACCUCGGCCUCCAUCAAGCUGGAAAACCCCCUGCCCUACAUGGUGACCUUCUCCACGGAAUGCAGGAUGCCCGACAUCAGCCUGCCCUCCCAGUUCGUGGUGCCGGCCAACUCUGAGGGAACGUUCACAUUUGAAUUCCAGCCCCUGAAAGCUGGAGAAGCCUUCGGGAAACUGACACUGCACAACAGUGACCUGGGUUACUACCCAUAUGAGCUCAAUUUGAAAGCCUUGCCAGCACUGCCUGAAAAGCCUGUCCACUUCCAGACUGUUCUUGGCAGCGGCCAGAGCAUCUUUGCCAAGUUCACCAAUUACACUCGGCAGAAGACAGAAUACUACUGCAGGACCGACUGUCCGGACUUCCACACUGAAAAGAUCAUCUACGCGGCGCCUGGGGCGCAGGGUGGCACGGAGGUCAGCGUGGAGGUGUACUUCGAGCCCAGCCACCUGGGCGAGAGCAAGGGCAGCCUGAGCCUGUCGUCGCUGGCGGGCGGCGAGUACACCAUCCCCCUCUUCGGGGUGGCUCUGCCCCCCAAGCCGCAAGGCCCCUUCCUGAUCCGAGCCGGUUACAGCAUCGCCAUCCCCUUCAAGAACGUCUUCUACCGCCCGGUCACCUUCUCCUAUAUCGUGGAGAACACCGCGUUCUCCAUCCGCGCCAUGGACUCUGUGAAGCCCAAGAAGGUCAACAACAUCACGGUCUACUUUGAAGGGAACCCAUCGGGCAGCAAAACACCCGUCACCAGCAAGCUGAUUGUAGCCUGCCCGCCCGACGAAGGCAGCGACACUGGAAUCAAGUGGGUUUACUACCUGAAGGGGAUCACCCCGUAGUGAGAACCAGGGCUGGCAGCAUCAUCAAAAAGCCAUCUCAUCAGCCCUUACGACCUCUGUUGUUCUAAGCCCCACAAAGAAUAGAGAAAAUAAUGAGAACUCUCAAGGUACUAUCUCCAAUUCAGUUAUAAGGGCACUUAUUUCCAUAUUAUAUAAAUUCCAAAUAUCUAUAUGAAAUACAGAUACCCCAUGUUUAACACGGUAACUAUAUAAAACAGAGCUAUAUUUUACUUUGCAAGA